UGCGCGCAAGUAUACUGAAAAUAUCCAAGAUACAUAGAGAUUAAUGAAAUGGUAAACGCUAUUAAUCAACAAUGGAAAACGUGAAAUUAAUACGUGGUAAACAUAUAUUAUCUACUGAUAAAAAUAAUCAAUCCAUAUACGACUCUCAAGGAUCUUUGUUAGUAUGUGAUGUAACAAAAGGAAAUGUAAUCACAAUAUCUGUUUCGGAGGAAUUUCUAACGUUUCUCAACUUGCAAGUAAUUACAGACAAUAAUGAACCUGAGAACUUUAAUUUUGAGCCUAAUAGUGGAUCUACAAGUCUCGCUACUCAGUCAUCAACCCAGCAUGCAUCUUGGAAAGAUGAUAACGCCAUAAGGCGAUUGAUUUAUGCCUGGAAGGAAUAUGAAAAUAAUUUUAAAAAUGGAAAAUGCAAGUCAUCAGAAGUGUGGAAAAAAAUUGCCAUUGUUCUUCAAAAUGAGAACAGUCAAUGGUUAUACACUGGUAUACAAUGUGAAAACAAAUUCAAAGAAUUGCGCAAGAAAUAUGUGAAAGUGAAAGAUCACAAUAAGCAAUCAGGAAAUAGCCCAAUAACUAGUAAAUUUUUCAAUGAAUUUGAGGAAAUAUUAGGAGAUAAACCAUGUAUGCAACCUGUAGCUUUGGCCUCCAGUUUGAAGAAGCGACCAUUAACUUUUACAUCUCAAGAUAGUGACACGGAAAAUAGUAAAGAUGACAGUGAUAGAAAAAAGAAAGUAAGAAAAACGAGAUUUCAGAGAGAGCUGGGUGAAUGGUCUGCUACUUUACAUGAAGAUGUUAAAUACAGGGAAGAAGCGAGGGAACAACGCUAUAAGGAGAUGAUAGCAAUAUCUGAUUGAGCAAUUGAUGCAUACAAGAAAAUGAUAAAAAAACUCAUUGACAAGUUAUAAAAACUAAUAUUGCCGUUCGGAAACCAUUCGCACAUAGGGU